AACUCAGGACGUCAAAUGGGAAGGGCCUCUAGAUCAGCCCAUUCCAGCUCCUCCCCUAAUUCCAAGUAGAGAAACUGAGGCCUGAGUAGGGAAGGGAGGGGGGAAAAUCUGUUAAGGACCAGUCUCAAUCUGUCCCUUUCUCCCUCCCUGCUCUCCCUGCUUUGGUGUCCUUGGGAGGUCUGAAGUCGGAUCGCCCAGAGGGGGCCUCCCACCCCUACUCCCACCCCAACCCCACCACCCCCACCAGCACCCCAGCAGAGAUGGCGCAGGUGGCGCCCCAGGAACCUGACACCCACGAUGAAUAAAUGAUGCGGGCUCAAACGCUGGUGACCAGAACUCACCGCCGCCGCCGCCACCACCAUCACCAGUCGCCCGUGGCCAGGAGCCAUCACCUGGCAGCCCUGUUCAUCAACCCCUCGGCCCCCGCGACCCGCAGCCAGGCCCGCGGCGCUGGGCGGACAUGGCUGGAUGGCGGCGAGGCGUGGGGCGGCUCUGGGCUCUGGGCGGCGCCGUGCUGGGGGCUUGCCUGGCCCGGGUCGCAGCGCAGCUGGUGGAGCCCAGCACCGCCCCGCCCAAGCCCAAGCCGCCCCCUCUGACCAAGGAGACGGUGGUGUUCUGGGAUAUGCGCCUGUGGCACGUGGUGGGCAUCUUUUCACUCUUCGUGCUGUGCAUCAUUAUCAUUCUGUGCUGUGUCUUCAACUGCCGUGUGCCACGGACACGGAAAGAGAUCGAGGCUCGGUACCUACAGCGAAAGGCUGCCAAGAUGUACACGGACAAGCUGGAGACUGUGCCUCCCCUUAAUGAGCUCACAGAAAUCCCUGGAGAGGACAAGAAGAAGAAGAAGAAGAAGAAGGAGAGCGUGGACACAGUGGCCAUCAAGGUAGAAGAGGAUGAGAAGAAUGAAGCAAAGAAGAAGAAAGGAGAGAAAUGAGGAAAGAGGUGGCACAUGGGGUGGGCAGGCCCUGAAGCCCAAGCUCAGCCCAGGAUCCAGGCAUCAGAACUCCGUGUUCAUACAUGGACCACAGAGGCUGUGGUCAGAGGCAAUGCCAAGGUCAUGGCCCUUUCCUCAUGGCCCCAAAUCGGCACUGACAAGACUUCCCAGGUAUCCGGGCUUCUCAGGCUGGACUCUGACAUCAUCCAUACAGGCACUUUCCUCGGGCCACUGUCCCUCUGCAGAUGCAGAGUGGCCUUAAACUCCUCUCUCCUGUCUCACUCUUUCUACAGAGGUAGAGGUGGCUAUGAAGGAAUCAGGGAUGGGAGGUGUCAGAUGUCAGGACUGAAUGGGUUGAGUGUGAGCCCAUGAACUUGGAGAGGGGGCUAAUGGGGGAACUUACAAAAUGAGAGAUUCUCUGACAUAGCCAGACAGCAGCCCUAGUGGCAAGGAGAUUGCCCCAAAGCUUGGCAGGUGGGGCCCCAGAAGCAGGAGAGUCUCUGACCCAGCAAAUGACAAACUCUAAAAACAAGAUCACAGUGUGAUGGGGCUGGGGCUGCUGGGAAGCUGAUGGGAGACUGGUGAGAGGCCCAGGGGCUAGAGGCUUCCAGCUCAGGGACGGGGGCUUGCAAGAUACAGAGAACUGAAGCCAGUGGGUCGAGGGAGCAGGCCUGGGCCUCCACAAGGGAAUCAAGAGAUACUUUAGAAGCCAAGGGGCACCUCAGGCUGUUGUGGUGGUCUUUUCUAUGGUUGGGGCUCUAGGGGCAAGAGACACAGUCAGCUUUCCACCUGCUAAUAUAGCAGCAUACAACAUCUGUCGUGUCCCCUACUCAAAGAAGCAUCUCUUCCCAGAAGACAAGGACUCAAAUGUCACUGGGUUGGGGGAGACCUGACUCUGUAGGGAAAAGGAACGCAGAGGGGAUCCCAACAUCAGACUCAGGUUCUCAGACCAGAGUUGUGGAUGGAGAAGACAGCUGGAAAAACAGCCUGUGGAGAUCCGUAAAUAAAGCUGAGUGCCUCCUCAGUUCCUGGAUAUAAAA